AUGGAUAUCACGCGCCGUCGGAACAUGACAGCAGCGAUACCUACUCCACUUCUAAGAAACUCGAACAAUUUCGAGGACUUCGGGUGCUUCGACGAGGAAGAGUGUCGCUUCUUCCUGCGAGAAGUAGGCGAGCGUGUCGUGCCAGUCUACCCGUUCUCUUUUGGCAUGGAAGAGGUAUACAGCUUGAUUCUCGAGCGGUAUGGGUAUUCCGGACUGCCAGAUGCCACGAGCGUACUUCAAGAUCUGCUUGAAAGUGAUGGGACCGCAGGCGGCCUGGGAGACGACGGAGAUGUUUGGCGUUCGUGGCGACACAGUUGGAGACACCGAAAUGACGACGCCCUCAACCCCUUCAUUCCGAAGGUGGGAAGCUUUAUCUUGCAGCCUCCGACUCUGCCGCACGUUCGCAAGAUCAAAGCUCUUAACUUCAUUCGCAUGAGCGAAGAGUGUGAGAGAAGGGAGCAAGUUCGAGAUGCCAUUGUUGCUGGGAAGAGGAAGGCGCUCUGCGAAGUGUCCCCAGAUCGUGACAGAGUCAUGCCUGCACCAACCAGCAACACUGUCAAGCAGCAACAGUCGGAGGAGGACAACCUAUAUCGGCUCCCAUCCACAACUUACUCCCAUCAAAGAACGAGAACCUUGCUGUUAUCAAGCCAUGGUUCACCAACCUCCGGGCAAGAACAAUGCCAGAGACCUAGCACGGCUGAGGGUUCUGACAAGGCGCAUCAUUCUCCGGAGAGUUCUUCACAGCCGGGCCUCCCUGCGCUUGAUCCGUUGCUAUUCGAUGCAGACAUCGAUCCAUCGCUCUUGAUCACAUUUGGAAUGCUGUCUUCGGAAGAGAAAGGCCUAAGCCCUACCCUAAGAGGCGGCCACGGCGAGACAGUCAUUCUCCAGCCGGUCAGCUUCCAAGGCAGUCCAGCUAGUAAGAUCCAUGACACGGUUCUCCGCAACUCGCCUCUACCGCGUAUCCAGUCCAGCCCGUUCCGUGUCUUUACUCCUGAAACGCCUCGAAGUCACGUCAGAGCCGAUGCCAGCAUCCGCUCCAGCCGUGUUAUCUCGGAGCCUCUUCAGGUGUCAGUGAAAGGGGACAAGCAGUGUUCUGUGGAGCACGAUAAGUCAGUCGAGAGACGACGCAAGCUUUCAGACAGUCUGAGACCUUUUGUCCGCCGUCCAGCUGGAGACAACUCGGAGCGCAGCAAGAUAAUUCGUGCAAACCAUCGUCAAGUUCGAAUACUCGAUGGUGUCAUCCUUAAUCCCAAAGUCCGCAAGAGAUUGUCGUCGCCCCCAGUCACUGCCGUGGACGAUGAGGUGCACGUCGAGGACAAGAGAAAAUCUGGUGUGCGCCGCAGCCUUACGCCGGUGUGGCAGAAACGCGAUUCUUCACGGCACAGCUGGAUGGAGAUCAUGCGGAAUUUUUUUCGCACCGAAGCCACCGCCAGCCAGCCUGCAAAACAAUCAAAGCGUGAAUCUUCAAAUCUUUUUCAGCCUGCAGUCAGAUCUUCAACAACACCUCCAAGCCCUCACGCAAACGUCGACAGUCAGCCCGGUCAACGAGAGCAACCAUCUUAUCUCCUUGGACUUGACGGCACUGUUGAUCCUCGACCUUUUUUCUUUAGAACAAUCGUGUCCAAAAUGGCGAGAAUGUCGAGACUGGACUGCAACAAGCCACUCCCACUCAGCCCUCCUGGCAUCGCCCGCUCAUUGUCAGCUCAUCCGGGAUUCCCCAACGCCUUCCAGCCACGUCCUAGCGUUCCUGCUAUUCUCACUCGAGCCAACACUCGCGCAGAACUCAGAAAGAACCUUCAGGCUCUGACAACGCACGCCCUUCAGCGGAAGAACAUCCCCGACAAGUACCAGUUCUACCCAGUCUACAACGAGUUGGAAGACACCUUCGGUGAUCAGACAGCAGACCCAGCAAAGACCUUACAACCACCACUCUCAGCGCUCACUUACUCCAGUGUGACGAAUGCCAACCCUUUCACACGUCAAGAGAAUGUACCAGGUUCGCCCCUGCAAGCACAACCUCCGCUCUCUGGCAUUACAUACUCGAGUAUCCAGAACGCAAACCCGUUCAUGAACAUUCCGGAAACCCCAAGUUCUGGCUUCUGUCCUGUUCCGACCUUGCAACAAGGCAACCUGGACUUCACCCUGCCACCACCAGCGCCCAGACCGCACUUCUCGACCAUCAGCUCCCAGGCGUCGAACCUCAACCCAGCGGCCAAUGUCUUCACUCCGUUCAAGAACAUCAUGCGCAAGGGCAAUAGCACCAAGGGUAUCAACGACAAUGCGACCACGGGAGGAUCGCCAUCUAAGCAACACAUACGCAAGAUCAGCCUUGGAAAGCUGGGAAAUUUGUUGAAGAACCCGUUCAUGGUGGGCCUCUCCCCUCACAAGUAA